AGGGGGAAGGCACGCAUAACAGGAGCGUCGCUUGACUACAGAGUUCGAGUUCCACAAGCAAAAACGACAAACCGUUUUUCAGCGUUGGAAUGGGUAAAGCAAGGAAUUCAUUAGGGGUUUAGGCGCUCCUGGCAAAACGACUCUUGUGGAAGAUUCAGAGUGUGUUGCCAGUUUCAUUGAUGUCUCUCAGUCACUCUCAUUCUCAGGUUGGAUACUUGGUUCCGCUGAAUCAAAAUUUGGAGGAAGAAGCUUCAGUUCCCAAGUUGCCUGUCUCAGAUGGCACAAAUGUUUUUGGGCGCAACAACUUUCCUCUCUCCGACAAGAGGCUUAGCCGCAAGCACCUCAGUUUAUCUGCUUCUGCCGAUGGCUCUGCUAAUUUGCUUGUCGAGGGGACGAAUCCAAUUGUUGUUAAUUCAGGGAAUAAGAGAACGAAGCUGAAUUCUAAAGAAAAAGCUACUAUUUCUAAUGGUGAUAUAAUCGAGCUCAUUCCCGGUCACCAUCUUUUUAAAUAUCAAGUGUUAGGUGGUCACAAAAAUAACCGUAAAAGAUCUUCAAGUGGUAGAAACAAUGAAGCUAAUGUAUCAUUCACAAAUAAAGCUUCGGAGAGGCUUUCCCAGGAUAAAAUUGAAACUUGCAGCCAGGAACGAGGAAGUAAUGUAGUGACACAGAAGCUUGAGGCCAUUCGUGAUUUCCAUGUUCCUAAUGACAAAAUACCUUCCACCUUUCGACUAUUGCGUGUUAAUGGGUUACCACCUUGGGCAAAUACUUCUUGUGUUUCAAUAGGCGAUGUUAUUAAGGGGGAUAUUCUUAUUGCUAUCCUUUCAAACUACAUGGUAGACAUUGACUGGUUGAUUCCUGCAUGUCCUGCACUUUCAAAAGUGCCCCAUGUGCUAGUUAUUCAUGGAGAGAAUGAUGGGAGGGCAGAUUACAUAAAGAGAAACAAACCUGCAAACUGGAUUCUGCACAAACCAUCACUGCCAAUUUCAUUUGGGACACACCAUUCAAAGGCCAUGCUUCUUGUAUAUCCUCAAGGAGUAAGAGUCAUUGUGCAUACUGCGAACUUAAUUUAUGUAGAUUGGAACAAUAAAAGCCAAGGUUUGUGGAUGCAAGAUUUUCCAUGGAAAGAUCAAAAUAGUCUGAGCAAGGGAUCUGGAUUUGAAAAUGACCUGGUUGAAUAUCUCAGUAUGUUGAAGUGGCCAGAAUUCUCUGUUAAGAUUCCAUCCCUUGGAAACUUCAGUAUAUGUGCAUCUUUCUUCAAGAAGUUUGAUUAUAGUGAUGCUAUGGUUAGAUUAAUUGCAUCUGUACCUGGAUAUCAUUCUGGUACUGGUUUAAAAAAGUGGGGACAUAUGAAGCUGCGUUCUCUGCUCCAGGAGUGUACUUUUGAUGAAGAGUUUAAGAACUCUCCCCUUAUUUAUCAGUUCUCCUCCCUUGGCUCUUUAGAUGAAAAAUGGAUGGCUGAGUUGGCAUCAUCAAUGUCAGCAGGUUUCUCUGAAGAUAAAACACUGCUUGGUAUGGGGGAGCCUCAAAUAAUAUGGCCUACUGUAGAAGAUGUCAGAUGCUCUUUAGAGGGCUAUGCAGCUGGAAAUGCAAUUCCAAGUCCUCUGAAGAAUGUGGAGAAAGCAUUUUUGAAAAAGUAUUGGGCAAAAUGGAAAGCAGACCAUACGGGUCGUAACCGUGCUAUGCCACAUAUAAAAACUUUCACCCGUUAUAAUGGUCAGAAUCUUGCUUGGUUCUUGUUAACGUCAGCAAAUCUCAGCAAGGCUGCCUGGGGAGCUCUCCAGAAGAAUAAUACUCAGUUGAUGAUUCGUUCAUACGAGCUGGGAGUGCUCUUUCUACCAUCAUUAUUCAAAAGACGUGGAUGUGGAUUUUCAUGCACCAGUAAUGUUACACAAUCUGAGGAUAAAUGCACAGCACAAGAAACUUCUGACAUGAAGAAAACAAAACUGGUAACCCUGACUGGGCUGACGAGGGAGAGUACACACUCAUCAUCUGAAGUCAUCAUCCCAUUACCUGUGCCUUACGAGCUCCCUCCCCUGCCUUACUCUUCCCAAGAUGUCCCCUGGUCUUGGGACCGGCGAUAUAGUAUGAAAGAUGUUUAUGGUCAAGUAUGGCCACGGAUGUAAGCAUAUCAAGAUUGAUGACAUCCUUAGUGUUCAUAUCAAUUGGUUCCCUCUCCCGUGUUAAUUCAAUUUUGGAGGCUUUAAGAACAUGGCAGAUUGAUUUUGCAACCCAGAGUUUCCUUAGGCAUGUAUGAGUCCUACUUGGAACGAAGGUAUCUCACUUUACAUUCCACACGUUUCGGUCAAAAAUCAGGGUAAACUAUAGUUUUGGAAUAAAAUAUACCAAAGAUAAAAUGUAUUGAGUUUCCUUGAGCAUGUACGAGUCCUACUAGGGAGUAGGGACCAAGGUAUCUCAUUAUCGCUUAUUUUACAUUUUCCAUUUAUCAAUGA